AAAGACUAGAGAGAGAGAGAGAGAGAAGAGACCAGAGAUUAUCGACCACGAAGCAGAAGACGAUUCGUGGAAGAGACUUGGAGAGAUUUUUCUCAAUGUCUACUCUCCCAAUCUUCCAUCGUUUUCCUCACGCCACGUUCUCUUCCUUUUUCCUCUCACUGUCUCAAGUUGGAAGUUCUAAAACAUCAGUAGCAUUCCUCAAUGCCUUCAAAUCUAUUCCUACAUCGGAAGAUAUCAUUGCAAGAAUUGGACUAUGGUGGCAGCUAAUAAGGGCUGUUGUACUUGUACCUGUCUUCAAGUUCCUGGUGGUUCUAUGUUUGGUCAUGUCUGUCAUGUUCUUCGUAGAGGUUAUGUACAUGGGAAUCGUCGUUUUGUAUGUCAAGUUGUUCAAGAGAAAACCAGAGAAAAUUUACAAAUGGGAGCCUAUGGAGGAUGAUGUUGAGUGUGGCAGUGCAAGCUACCCUAUGGUUCUUGUGCAAAUUCCUAUGUACAAUGAAAAAGAGGUUUGCGAGCAAUCAAUUGCAGCUGCUUGUAAAAUCUCAUGGCCAUCGAAUCGUAUUAUGAUUCAAGUGCUUGAUGAUUCCACGGAUCCAGCCAGUAAGGAAUUAGUGAAAAGGGAGUGUGCUAGAUGGUCGAAAGAAGGUGUCAACAUAACGUUUGAGAUAAGGGACAACAGGAACGGAUACAAAGCUGGUGCGCUGAGAGAAGGAAUGAAGCAUAGCUAUGUGAAGCAGUGUGACUAUGUUGCUAUCUUUGAUGCUGAUUUCCAGCCUGAUCCUGACUUCCUCCACCGCACUGUUCCUUUCUUAAUUCACAAUCCCAAGUUAGCACUUGUACAAGGCCGGUGGGAGUUUGUGAACGCGGGUCAAUGCAUGAUGACGAGAUUACAGGAGAUGUCUCUAAGUUACCACUUUACAAUAGAGCAGCAAGUUGGAUCUUCAACAUUUGCCUUCUUUGGGUUCAACGGAACUGCUGGCGUCUGGAGAAUCUCAGCAUUGAAUGAGUCUGGGGGAUGGAAUGACCAGACAACGGUAGAAGAUAUGGACUUAGCUGUACGGGCUACACUGAGAGGCUGGAAGUUUCUAUAUAUCGAUGAUCUCAAGGUAAAAAGUGAGUUACCUUGUUCAUUCAAAGCCCUGCGUAACCAGCAGCAUCGAUGGACUUGUGGCCCUGCCAAUCUAUUCAGGAAAAUGGCUGUACAAAUAAUAAGAAGCGAGAAUGUUUCUCUAUGGAAGAAGUGGUAUAUGUUGUACAGCUUCUUCUUCAUGCGCAAGAUCGUGGCUCACAUCCUCACAUUCUGCUUCUACUGUGUUAUCUUGCCAGCAACUGUAUUGUUCCCAGAAGUCACAGUUCCGAAAUGGGCUGCAUUUUAUCUCCCUUCUUUGAUCACUCUCUUAAUCGCAAUCGGUAGACUAAGAUCAAUCCACCUUUUGGCAUUCUGGGUUCUGUUUGAGAAUGCAAUGUCCCUGCUACGAGCAAAGGCUCUGGUCAUGGGCUUGUUAGAAACAGGAAGAGUACAAGAAUGGGUUGUGACGGAGAAAUUAGGUGAUACUCUGAAGACGAAGCUGAUUCCACAAGUGCCUAACGUCAAAUUCAGAGAGAGGGUGUAUUUGCUGGAGCUAUUGGUUGGAGUGUACCUGUUAUUCUGCGGAAUCUACGACAUCGUUUAUGGGAAGAACACACUCUAUGUGUACCUUCUGUUUCAUAGCAAGAGAUGGUUUCCGAUUCGGACCGGAUCAAAACCGGUUUGUUUAGCAAUGACCAGAGUCGAAACAAGCGGUGGUGACCAAGAGGAGAAAGUAGUGAUUGUCGGCGCCGGGAUUGGCGGACUUACCACCGCCGUUUCUCUUCACCGGCUAGGAAUCCGGUCGGUGGUGUUGGAGCAGGCAGAGUCGCUUCGGACUGGAGGAACAUCGCUGACGCUAUUCAAGAAUGGGUGGCGCGUUCUUGAUGCCAUCUCCGUCGGCCCUCAACUCCGAACGCAGUUUCUUGAGAUCGAAGGGAUGGUAGUGAAGAAGGAAGAUGGAAGAGAGCUUCGUUCUUUCAAAUUUAAAGACGAAGAUCAAAGCCAAGAAGUUCGGGCCGUGGAGAGGCGAGUACUCUUGGAAACACUUGCAAGCCAGCUUCCUCCACAAACCAUUCGGUUUUCCUCAAAACUGGAAAGUAUACAAAGCAAUGCCAAUGGUGACACUCUCCUUCAACUUGGAGAUGGAACCCGGUUGCUCGCAAAGAUUGUUAUUGGUUGUGAUGGUACCCGGUCUAAGGUUGCAACUUGGAUGGGGUUCAGUGAGCCGAAAUAUGUUGGUCAUUGCGCUUUCCGUGGCCUCGGGUUCUUUCCAAAUGGGCAGCCAUUUCAGAACAAGGUGAACUACAUAUACGGAAAAGGGCUUAGAGCUGGAUAUGUACCUGUAUCUGCAACAAAAGUCUACUGGUUCAUCUGUUUCAACAGGCCAUCACUAGGGCCCAAAAUUACGGAUCCAGCUAUCUUAAAAAAACAAGCCAAAGAACUUGUUAGUACCUGGCCAGAAGAUCUGCAAAACCUCAUCGAUCUAACACCUGAUGAAACCAUCAGCAGAACUCCUCUUGUAGACCGGUGGCUUUGGCCAGGCAUUGCUCCUCCAGCAUCAAAAGGCCGAGUGGUUCUAGUUGGAGAUGCUUGGCACCCAAUGACUCCAAAUCUUGGACAAGGUGCUUGCUGUGCCUUGGAAGAUUCUGUAGUUCUGGCAAAUAAACUUGCCAGUGCAAUAAAUGGAGGAACCGAAUCAAUUGAAGAGGCAAUGGAAUCAUACGGGAGUGAAAGAUGGUCGCGGGCAUCCCCGUUGACAGUACGUGCAAACCUAGUCGGAGCACUUCUGCAAUGGGAGAAUCCUCUAGUGUGUUCCAUUAGAAACAAUAUUGUCAUACCAAAGUUACUGAGACUUGGACCAAUGCUGGAACACACAAACUUUGAGUGUGAACCUCUCUUUGUUUCAAAAUAGGCAAUUUGAUCUGUCUAUAUAGUGAGAUCCAAAAGCAUAUGUUCCAUUGGAUAAAGGACUUAAUCAAUGUAUAAUCAGAGGAACAAUCUCAAAGAAGUUAAUAUAAACUCUGUGAUUGA